AUGCCGAUUAAUAAUCACGGCAUUCGAAUAUUUCAUUUAAUUAUUUCUAUUAUUUUAUUUAAUUAUGGUAUUACAAAAAAUCCAAUAUCUGAUUUAAUAUUAUCAACCAAUUUUUGUACAAAUAUAUCCAUUAAUAAUCUAUCAUUUGGUGUGAUACAUAGCUUAAAUUUUUAUUCAGGUCAAUCUCAACCACCGAAUAUAUCGUGUUCAUGGAUAAUAGAAAAUUUUCAAACAUCACUUGGAUCAAAUUAUAUUCUUUCAUUACGUGUUAUUGAUGUAGAAAAUGAUCCAACACAUUGGUCAAAUGAAUUAACAUUUUGGACAGGGAAUAAACAAAUAUCUGUUGAUGAUAUUAAUAAAAAAACAUAUUUAUUAUCAUCAACAUCAUCAAUAAAAAUCUAUUUUCGUACAAAACCACCUUUAUUACAAACAUUCAAUCCAUAUAUACGUACAAAUUUACGAAUACGUCGAUUUUUAAUUGAAUUUCUUCAUGUUAAUAAUGAUUUAAUAACAAAUACAAAUGAAAAUUAUUUUCUUUGUCUAUCAAGUGGAAUAUUAAUACCAAAACAAUGGAAAUGUAAUUGUAUAUAUGAAUGUUCAUAUGAUGAUCAUAGUGAUGAAGAUAAUUGUCCAUUAUGUUCAAUGUAUAAUCCAUUAAAUAGUUUAUUAUGUCAAUCAAAUGAAAUAUGGUGUUUACCACAUACAUCAAAAUCUUUUACUGAUAAUUUAAUUGAUACUGAAUAUGAUGAUGAUAAUAACAACGAUUGGAUGCAAUCUCAUAUAAGUUAUAGUCGAAAAAUUGAUUCAAAAGGUGUUUGUAUUCCACGUAAUGAAUAUCAACAAUGUUCAUAUUCAACAAAUUCAUCAACUUGUGAAAAAAUUCUUGCAUGGCGUCAAGAUCAUGGUCAAAUUAUACUUGAUGAUUUUCUUCUUAAAAUCAAUCAAUCAAUAUGUUUUAUUAUAAUUGCAAAAGAAGACUAUAAAAUCAAAUUUAUGUUAAAUCAGUAUUAUUUUUUUAAGCAACAUGAAGAUUUUGAAAUGAUUGUUUAUGAUGGAACUGAAGAAGAAAAUAAAAUUCUUACAUCAUCGAGUUGGUUAUUAAAAAAAGAUAUUGUUCAAACACGUGAUAAUCAUGUAGCAACAAUUAUUAUUCGAAAACGUUCUUUACAACCCAUAUCAUUAAUAAAUGAUGAUGUUUUCAAUUAUUUACAAAUAAAUGAUACGAAUAAACAAAUUCAACAACGUGGUAUUAAUUUCAUUUCAUUGAAUAUAACAUGGGUAACAAGUAUUUGUCCAGACAAUCAAAUGCUCUGUGGUGGACAUUUUGAAACAAAAUGUUAUACUAAAGAACAAAGAUGUGAUGGUAUUUGGGAUUGUAUUAGUGGAGAUGAUGAACUUGGUUGUUCACCGGAAUCAUGUCCAACAACAUUUGCAUGUAAUGAUCGUUUACGUUUACCAUCCGAUCCACCAAGAUGUUUUACAUGGUCAGAACGUUGUAAUGGAAAUGCAUUUUGUACAAAUCGUACAGAUGAAAAAUUUUGUACAAAUUGGUGGUGUAAUUCAAAUAAUGGAACAUUUCUAUGUAAAAAUUUUAAUUGUAUUUAUGAAACAUGGGUUUGUGAUGGUACUGAUGAUUGUGGUGAUCAUUCAGAUGAAAUGAAUUGUCCAUCGCGUGUACCACGUCGUAUAGUAACAGCUGCAGUUAUUGGUGCAACUGUUUGUUCAACUUUAUUUAUAAUUGCAUUAGGUUGUACAUGUAAAUUAUUUCAUUUACGUUCAGCAGAACGACGAGCAACAUCUCGUUUAUUAAAUCCUCAACGUUAUAUUGAAAGACGUCGUCAACAAAUUCAACGUGAACAACAACGUCGUUUAAAUCGACAGAAUCGUCAUCGAGCAUCAACAACAACAGCAGCAGCAGCAGAAGCAUCAAUAACACCAGAUAAUUCAUCAGUGAUAUCGAAUGAAACAAGGCGAAUAGCACCACCAUCAUAUAAUCAAACUAUGGGUCUUAUGGAUGAAAAUGAAGAAAGACAAGCAGCUCUUGCUGAACAUUUAAGACUUGCUGGUUUAUCUAAUUAUAUUACAUUACCACCUAUACAUAAUAGUUCAAGAACAUCAAGAUCAACAUCAAGACAUCGACAUAGAAGACACCGAAGGCAUCGUCAUCAUCAUCAUCAUCGACGAGCACAUAGUGAAGGUUCACGUGUGGCGUUACUAGAACCAAAUGUUGUUGUUCCAAAUAAUGCUUUUCCUGCACCAACCACAGCAUUUUCUUUUAAUCGUUUACGUUCUCAUCUUCGUUCUUUAUUUACAACAGAUCGUACUACAGCGACUACUAAUACUAAUACUUCUACUAAUAAUAAUAAUAACAGUAUUCAAACAAAUCCUAAUUCAAAUCAAUUUGACACGUAUGAACGUCAUAAUUCAUCUAUAUUAUCGUCAGUUCAACCAAUUCAUCUUCCUACUCGACCAUAUUUAAAUUCCGAUUUUAUACAAUCAAGAGAACUUCCACCACCAUAUACUGAACAACAGAUAAUACCAUCUAAUCCAUCAAUAAAUUCAUUAUCAACAGCAAUAACAAAUAGUCGUCGUAGUAGUAGUGGUGGAAGUGAUAUUGAAUCAAUAAAUCGAACAACUCCAACAUCAUCAUCAUCAUUAUAUCGUUUACAAAAACGACAAAUACCUAUAAAUACAUUACGUGAUCGUAUGAGACAAUUUAUAUCAGGUUCAGCAGUUCGAGUAACAACAGAUGAAUUAAAUCAUCCAGUACAAACAACUACAACGACAUUAGAUAUAGAUUUAGAAGAACAACCACCUGUUGCAUCUAUGGAAGAUGAUGAACAACAUAGUAGUGAUGAUGACAAAAUAUUAACGCCUUAA